AUGAGGUUCUUCUCACCAUCAUCUGAACACUCACCUUCCACCUCUCCCAUCGCGGACGGAUCGCAAGCCAAUCGAAUCGCAUCUUCACGAGCUCCAUACACCCAGAAUCCUAGGGAACCUUCGCGAACCAUGUUCAAACCAACACAGGCUGCCUGCUCCAAAGCGAGCCGAUUGCCGCUCAACUCGAAAAAGGCCAACCGCGACUUUUACAAGGGCACACGAACCGGCAACAUCAUGCAACGCAAGCGUAUCGCCACCGCCGAUCGACGAGGCAACCAACUUUACGAUACCAACGGCAACGAGCGAUACUGGCAUCUCAAAACAAAGCGCAUCGACGAAGCAAGAGUACCGAGUUACGUCGUACCUCCCGGUCUGGCGGAAACAAAGCUGCGACCGUACGUGUUCGCAGGUGCAAGCAGUGAGGGCGGUGUCUCCAGGAAGGGCAAGUUCGGCUUGCCAGAGUAUCCGAGGAUGGACGCAAAUGGAUUCGACGGUACCUACUACAGAUCGGUGAUCGGGGAUAUGCUGCAGAAGCGAAAGAUCAAGGACCAGCAGGAGGAAGACAGGAGACUUGCACAGUCGUCCCGAAGUUGA